AUGGAGGAUUUAGACCAAGAAGAUUACCAACAGCAACAAAAAGAGUUAAAUUAUCUUCAAAACCAAGUAUAGAUUCGUUAAUGUUUAACAAUAUUAACAAAUAAAGUAUAAUAUCUGAUUCUUAAUUCUUUAAAACUUCAAGAAAAACUACUCGACCUUAAACAGCUUUAUAAUUACCUAAUAAAGAAAUAUUAUUUGAAUUACCUUUAUAUUCAAAUGAUGAAGAAAUAAAAGAUUCUAAAAAUAAAGAUGUAUAUUAUCAUACAAAAAUGAAAUUAUUUGCUAAAAAAUAUUCAACUACAAUGCCAACUCAUAUGAGUACAUAAUAAUCAAUUAUUAAAUCUUAACCAUUAAUUUAAUCUAUUACAAAAAGAACAACUAAAACAAAUAAUUCUGUUAGUAAACCUGUAAUGGAAGUUGUAAAUUAAUAAUAAGUUUUACAGCCAACAAUUAUGAAUAUAAAUUAGCUCUUCUCCUAAAUAUAAUAAAUUAGAUAAGAACCUUAAUUAAUGUAAUGUAGUCUAGAUAAUCAUAAAACUGCCAAAAAAAUAUUACAAAUUAAUCCAGAAGAAAUUAAAACACUUUAUGAAGAAUUAGCACAUCUUGAUGUCAAAUUUAUGAAAAUGACAGCUGAUACUGAAGCUUUCAUUCAUAAUCUCUAUGCUGAUAAAAACAAAUUCUUAAAAAUUAAAGAAAAUGUAUUAACAGAACAUUAAUUAAUAUUUCUAAUUGAUUAAUUAAAAAUUAAAAGAGAAUUAUUAGAAUAAGGUUAACCAUUUGAUAGUAUAAAUUUUGAUGAAAUUGAUAAAAUUGUAUCAAAACUUAUUUUUUUUGAAAGAUUCACUAAAUCUACAAGAAUUAAUCUUGUAAAGCUUGGUUAAUAUAUUGAAGUACCUCCAGGUGAAUAUGUAUUUCAUUAAGGUGAUUUUGGAGAUAAUCUAUUUGUUAUUUUAUCAGGAAGUGUUGUUGUUAAAAUUGAGAAGAAAUUUAAUCGAUUUGGACCUGUAAUUGAAUAAGUUGUAUCAUCUCUCUAUGAUGGUUAACAUUUUGGAGAACUUGCUAUGAUGGAAACUACAUAAAAAGGUGCUGAAGAAGUUCUUGAAGAAAAGUUAGAAAAUAUAAAUGUUAAAUCACUUAAAGAAGUUAAAGAGUAGCUUAUUAAAUAAUAAUUAUAAGAUUUAGGAUAAUAAGAUGAAGCAUUAUAAAAAUAAAAAAUUAAAGAAUUAUAAAAAUAAAAUACGAAUAUUAUUAAUCUUGUUAAAACAGAUAAUGUUAAGGAAAAACAUUACGUUAUGAAUUUAGCUAAUGAUGACGAGGAUGGAUUAUCCAAAUCUAAUAAUAUACAGUAUAAAAAGGUUGAUAAAACUUAAUAAAGAAAAGCAUCUAUUUAAGCUAGUGAAACAUGUCAUCUAUUGGCUAUCAGCAGAGAAAAUUUCAAAAAUAUUCUUAUGGUUUUGAUGUAGGAUGAAUUAGAAUAAAAAAUUAAAAUGCUAAAAUCAUUAAGAUUCUUUAAAUAAAUUCAACCUUUUGUAUUAAUACCAUUAGCAAACUAGUUAAUACCUUAAAGAUUUCAUCUCGAUGAAGUUUUGGUUAAAGAAGGGGAUUUACUAGAAUAUAUGUAUAUAUUAUAUAAAGGAUCAUGUAAUGUUAUAAGAACAAUUAAUACAGAAAGAAUUAAAUUACCAGAUCACUUACGUUAAAAGUAAAACAGAAAAUCAUACAGAUAUUUCUAAGAACAUCCUAUCAAAAUUACUAAUAAUGUACCUGAAGAUUACUUAUCUUGUUUGACACAAGAUGGAGAUAUCACCUAUAAAAUACCUGAUUAUGCUGUCUGCAAUAGUAAUAAUGGAUAUAUUCAAUAUUAAAAGAGUUAUAUUUAUAAAAAAUUGUAUCCUGGAGAUAUUUUAUUUGGAAGAGUCUUAACAGGAUUGAGAUUAGAGGGCGAUAAAGGCAUAGAUAGAGCAAGAAUGACUAUUGUAAGUUCUUCUAGUAUUACAAUUGUGUACAAAAUUAGUUUAAAACUUUUACAAUUUUGCCCUGAAUUUUUAAUUGAACAUUUGACCAAUCAACUUCUUAUUUACAAAGAAAUCGAUCUUAUUGAACCAUCUGAAUUAAAUUAAGAAAUUAAGCUUAUCUUUACCAAAAACUAAAAAACAGCUAAAGAUUAAGCUUAAUUACUCUCUGAAAUCGAAGAAAAAUAAAGAAAACUAGACUUACAAGAAUAUUAUAAAAGAAAUAAACUAAGAAAACCCUAAAAUGAAAAAAAAUAGGAUCAAAGAAAUUCAGAAUGGGAAUAAUUUAAAGAAGAAGUCUUAAUUCAAUAAUUGUUGUAUAAUAAAGUCUCAAACUGA